CUCUACUGCUCAAAUCUCCCACAUCAACAGUACAUGUAACUCCAGUUAUAAAGAUGUGGAGGAGAGAAACUAUUUAAAUGAAAAAAAAGUUUUAUCAAAAAUGUAUGCAGAUACAGCUUCCAGAGCUAUCACUGGGUUACUGCUGACCACUUAUGGAAAAUUGUCACUAAGCUUUUUGAUUACACAAACUUUGUACAUGACAGUCUGCUAUUGGUAAGUACCUUUUGAUUACUACUGUUCUUCUUAGCAAGUUCUUUCUCAUUAUGUUCCAGCAUGUCAACCUGCAUUUUCAUUUUCUUCUCCUUCGUUCUAAGCUCAUCAUUUUCCUGGAUAAGUUCCAUAGUUUUAUCAGACAUUUUGGCCAGCUGAGCAUUGAUAGAGACAUUCUCUCUAAUGGUUCUUUUGGUUGUCUCAGCCAUCUGUUUGUUUGAUACUUUUCUAAAUUCAGCAGCUACUUGAUUCAGUCUUAGUACCAUCUCUUUCUUCAACCUAUGUACAAAGAAAUGAAGGUAACAAGCAUAAGUAUCAUUAGUGAUUGUGAUAACAGUCUGGUAGAAAAAUGAACAGAUGCCUUGUAUACCUCUCUCCAUUACACACCUCACAGCUUCUUACUUUGCACAACAGCACUUAAACUAGAGCCUGCUCACUUGCUCAGUCUAACUUUAUGAAAAUAUGCCUUUCUGAGUGUUGUGAAACAAGACAGUUUAGGGAGAACACUCCUGUUUUUUUAAGAGAAACAUGACAUAGUGGUUACCUUUACAGCAAUAUAGACAUGAUGGACCAUAAACAAAGAGCUGCAAACUUUGAACUUUCUCAAAAAUUUUUCCAACCAUCACUAUUUAAUAGUGAUUUGGUCGGUAAAAUUUUUGAAACAGUACACUUGGGAUACUGAUUGUGAUUAUUUACUCUGUCACCAGCUGUGGUUAAGCAUCUUGUAUCUUAGCAAUUUGCCUGCAGUCUCUAUUACGUUUACCGCAUCUGCUGAGGUUCUUUCAUCUCAAUCACCUCAAAAAACCAAGCCUGGCAAAGUUAGAUAUUUCUUAAUGUCUAAUUGACGUGGCAUCACACAUAACAAAUUAAAUAACUCUCGCAAAUUAUGUUAAACAGGAGGCAUAAUGACAAGUAUUUAUUUCAUACAAAGGGAUUAAAAUUACAGACCUAUCUUUGUCCACGACGGCCUUCCUCUCCAGAUUGUAAAUAACCUCUUUAUGAUCCUUUUGUUGUUUUUCCAAUUCCUCCUCCAUCUUCGCAAACUUUGCCAUCAAAUCUUCUUUUUGAACACGAAAUUCUUCUAAAGAGGCUAACUUCCCGCCCAGAACCAUAUUCUCUGAAGUUAACUGGUCCUUGAUUUCCUGCAUUUCAGUUCUUAAAGUCGCCAGUUGUACUUCGUACUGAUCCUUCUCUCCAUCCUUGGCCUGUUGUAAUCCUAUCAAACGAUCUUGAAGAUCAGCAAUUUCGUCCGCUCUUUGUUCCAACUGUUUCUUCAAAAACGACACAAUUUCCUUUUUAUCCGUCGUUUGUUGCUCAUACUGUGAUCUGUAAUCCUGAUUAGCAAUUUCAAGCUCGUCGCAUUUUUUCUGAUAGCGAACUAACCUUUCUUCUAAAUCUCGUAUCUGUAUAAGAAAAUAUUCCUUCGAAAGUUCAUUGAGCACAUCACUCGAUGGUGCUGCAGAAGGUGACUUUUUGGCACUCCUUUUACCACUCUUCUUCUUCUUUCCACUCUUCUUUCCCUUCUUUUUCGGGGGCAUAACUCAAAACUAUCGGGGAGUAUUGAAAUGGUAAAUCACUUCGAAUGAAAUCUACAGUGUCACACGCAGUCACAAAAAAAACAACAUGGCGAUCGUGGUUGUGGUUGCUAUGGGAACUUCAAAGUAUACAGCACACUCUUUCCAUUACAGCGGAUUUCAUGAAACCCUUUAUAUGUCAUGUAAGGACCAUAACAUGUGACAACAGUAAAUUCUGGCGGUUUUGAUAACUUGAUCGUUAUUUCAGUUUUUUUCUUGAUCAUAAAAUGCGGAGAAGGUGAGUUAAAGUAUCUCGUAACGCUCACUGUGUUCUAAUUCCAGGCAAGAUACCUGAGGAUAUUAGACCUAUUGAAUAUAUUGAUUUCGCAAAGGGCUGUGGUUCGAAAAGGGUGCAUUGUCUUGGCCGCUGGCCCGUGGUUAACGCUGUGAACUCAUGGAGAUUUUCUCGGACGUGACGAUAUCGCCAAAUACACAUGGGUAAAGGUGACCACUGCGCCGUGUUUGGAUGUCGAAAUGAUCGGAGGUAUCCAGAAAGGUAAUAUUUUUCGCAUGUGAUCUUCAAGAAUUGAUGCCGAAUUCCUGGAAAUUUAGACGCCUAUCAGCGUGCUCAUUGAACUGUGGUGCUUUUAUAACAUUAGUGCGUUUUAGGCAUUCGUUUGUUGGUUUGUUUGUUUUGGCAGGAGUUAUAAGUCUUUUCUUCAAUAUUAUAAGAGAUGUAAUAACCCUUUACACCCCAACAUCUGCAUCCAAAUUCUCCACUCAGCUCUCAACAUUUCCCGAAGAGCUGAAACGAAGAAGUUGUUUAACCAUCAAGAGUUUCUUUAUUUGUUCAUCACUUCCUUUAUUUUCAUGACUUCAGUGUGUAAUUCAAGGGUGAUAUUUUAAGGAGAAAUUAGAUGCUAGUCACUCUUGGGGCCAUCAAGUUAAUUAGCUUAUACAAACAACUUAUGAUGGCUGAUGGAAAUCCUUAUUAUUUGCAGGUGGGUUGUGAAACCCCAUAUACAUUGUAUGAAGUGGCAUAAGCCGAAUCAAAAGCACUUUAAAGUAUGGGAGCGAAUUAUCAACCGCAAAAGCUUUCAGGUGACAGAAAACACAAAGGUAUGCAGUAAUCAUUUUGUAUUUGGCAAACCCUUGGGUGACCAUUUGCACCCCGAGCUGUGGCUGAACGGAUAUGAUACAGAGGAAACUCAUAGUGAAGAAAUUUCAAGAAUUCUGGAGUCCUUGACUAACGUUGAUGUGCAGAGUGAUAUGUUCAUAAACCCUCACACUAUUAAAAGAGACACAACACACACCCAGACAAGCAGUGGGAAAUUUAAAAUGCUCGAUGUUCUUCCUAAAGACAAUGCAGGAGUUCUAGAGGCUGUACCUGAACAAAGUGCUGAAGUUUCAAGUGAAGACAUUACAAAGGAAACAAGUGAGUCGCUGACAUCAGUUUCAAAUGCCUUGGAAAAUGAUCACACAUACUGUAUGUACGAGCAAAGUGGAGAUUGUAAGGAAGACUUUGCUUGUCAAGCUAGAUUAUGCUUGAAGUGUAAAAAGGAACUUUUGUCUAUUCUUGAAGAAAAUGAAAGGCUUAAAAAUGAAAACAAACAGCUACAAAAAGCUCUUGCUGAAGCAAAUCAAGUCAUUGUUGAAAGAACCAAGAGAGACUAUGUGUUCUGUGUACAAAAUAAAACAUUGUGAUUCAGCCCUUAUGAGUUCAAGCACUGGACUAGCUAACUUUGGUAAUAAAUCAAAUGAAUUUAAAGCUCAAUAGUACUAAAAUCAGUUACUGAUUUACUUUCAGUGUAAUUAUGCAAUUAGGCUGGGCAGGAACAGAAGGCAUCAGUUGUAGUUGCAUUUUCUUUGUAAUAAAUUAACUACGAUGUGUUGGGGUAGCAGAAACUGAUAUCUCAUGAUCAAACUGAGGGUAGUUGCAUUUAUCAGUUUGUAAAAAAAAAAGAUAGAAAAAGGUGUCUUAAAGAUGUUAGAUAGUAGAAAAUUGUUUAAUAAAAUUGAAUGACAAUCUGAUGUUAGAUUUCAGAGCAAAUAAAUAUUUGAUCCAUGGGAACUAGGG